AUGGGCGAAAUCAUAAAUCCAGUUCGCGAUUCAAGCUCGAUUCUCUUCGAUUUCGUCCUUAAGAAUCUCGAUUCUCAUCUCUCCUUCUUCGAGUAUCGCAUGAUGAGUUCGGGUUGUGAGGAUUCGUCUGUGAAUACGAUGGGAAUUCGUGGUAUCCCGGAGCAAUGCGGCUGUGGUCGAAGAACUGGGAUAUACACAUCAAAAACGAAGGUCAAUCCAGGAAGAACUUUCUUUAGAUGCCCAACGUUUCAAAAUGAUCACUUGUAUAAAUGGGUAGAUGAAGCUGUCUACGAAGAGGUUCAAGAUGCAUUGCCAAAAGUUGAAUGCUUUGCAUCAGAUGUUAUGAAAAUUAAAAUGGAGAUCGAAAGCAUGAAAACCGUGGAGGAAGACUUGAAAGAAGAUGUCAGGAAGGCGAGCAAUGAACUUAAGAAGCUGAAUGUGAUCAUGAAAGUGGGUUUUUCGGUGGUUUGUUUAGGCGUUGUGAUAUGUCUUGUGUUGAUCAUGUUUGACAAAGCAGAUGGGUUGUCUAUGAAUAGCUACUAGGAGACUGUUU